UGUUCGGUCGCCACAAACACAGAACCGCAUAUUCAACAUCAAAAUAAAACCAACGCUGUAAUCAACGUUCGCGUUAGCAAACCGAGCUAAAAUGGCUCACGUCUAUCGUAAGCUUUUCUCUGAAAAGGUGUCGCGUAUAUGCGGUGCGAACGUUCAAAUACCUAUGACGGCGCUAAACUUUACAUACCACAAAGUGUCUCAAACACUACAGUUAAAUAUUUUACCGCACUGUUUAGGAAGCUUUGUUGACAAAAUAUCCUCUAGUCCGGGUGCAGUUUGUGGCGUUAGCAAUGCAGACCACUUCAUGAACUUAACGACAGAGGUACGAUCAGGAAAGAAGUGGAUGAAACUAUCACUUGAUAAACUGAAGCUAAUACAAACGGUGCUGGACCGGAAACCACUAAGUGAGGAUUACAUUUCGGCAACUAGUAAUACCAUGGUAGUAGAAUUUAGUUCGCCCAACAUUGCAAAACCGUUUCAUGCAGGACAUCUACGGUCAACUAUUGUAGGAAAUUUUUUAUCCAAUGUGAAUGAAUUCCUUGGUAAUCGUGUGCUGCGGCUUAACUACCUUGGAGACUGGGGCACGCAGUUUGGAUAUUUAGCUCUAGGAGUUCAACUAAAAGAAAUUUCGCCAACGGAGAUACAUGAAAACCCGAUAAAGUGUCUAUAUGACGCAUACGUGUACGCUUACGAAGCAGUUCGCAACGAUCCAAAAAUGCACGAAAAGGCCAUGACUAUUUUUUCCCGUAUGGAACAAGGCACGGCAGAUGAUUUGAGCCAGUGGCAGGACUACCGCGCUUAUACUGUCAAAGAAUUGGAGGAUCUUUACCGAAGGCUCGGCGUGCGGUUCACUGGCUAUGAGUGGGAAUCACAAUAUGGAGUGAAUAAAAUAAGAAAUGUGCUAGAAACACUGACGCAUUCCAACAUACUGAAAGAUCAAACGGAUGGGCGAAAAGUUGUGCAACUUCAGCAUCGAACUAUUCCGAUAGUGAAAAGCGAUGGUUCCAGCAUGUACCUUUUGCGAGACAUUGCAGCUCUGAUAGAUCGACACGAAAGGUUUGGGUUUCAGAAAUGCUAUUACGUGGUAGAAAACGGUCAAACUGAUCAUUUUGCAUCUCUUUGUGAGAUAGCACACCAGCUGCACUUGCCGUAUGCCGAUGGUAUUGAACACAUUAAAUUUGGCCGCAUACACGGAAUGAGCACUAGACGUGGCAAGGUUGUAUUUUUGAAAGAUAUUUUACAUGAGGCGCAACUAUUGGUACAGGAGAAACAAAAUGAGUCACCGAACACCAAGACCAAUGCGAUCGACGACCCUGAGGUUUGUGAUAUUCUGGGUACUAGUGCCGUCAUUAUCAACGAUUUAAAACAGCGUCGCAUGAAGGACUAUGAAUUUGAUUGGUCAAAAAUUCUCCGCAUGGAAGGUGAUUCGGGAAUUAAGUUGCAGUACACGCACUGUCGAUUAGUGAGCCUGCUAGAAACACAGUCGUCAGCAGAGGAAAUACAGCUUAUUCAAUGUGAUGGGUCAUCUUUGACGGAACCAGAAGCAAUGGACUUAAUCUGUCAGCUGGCCAAUUUCAAACCAAUCUGUUACCAGGCUCAAGAAGCAGCUGAAGCAUGCAUUCUUGUCGCAUACCUUUUCCGUCUAUGUAAAUCGAUAAACCUGGCGCUUAAACGAUUGCCAGUAAAACAAGAAGACGACAUAAGGAAACGGCAGGAACGAAUAUUGAUGUUCAGCAGGGCAAAAUUCGUUCUGCACACUGGCAUGGAGUUGUUAGGAUUGAGGCCAUUAAAAGAAAUGUGAUAUCAUCAAGAAUGUGUACAAAAUGACAGACAAUGAACAGACAGCUUUCUGUUGCGCUAGACACGUUUUAGCGUUCAUCACUGUACCGAAUCCGAUCGUUUGAGCGCAGACUCGCGAAUCCCAAUCCAUUGGGAUAAGGAGAUCCUUCUCUACUGGGAGGC